AGUUCAGUGUUUCUCUGAUCACCAACAGGCUCUACAUUAAUCGUUCUACUUUGAGAAAAAACUGGACUAAAAUCAAAACUGACACGGAGAAGACAGAGAAACUGCCUUUACACAACUACAGGAGGAAAUACUGUCAUUUACAGAGACUUUAACUCACUGCUGACUGAAUCAGAGUCAACUUUAAACACAUGCCACUUUCACAAUAAAGUCAAAAUAAAUUUCAACUACAACGGCAGGAGGGUGCGACUGGGUGAGAAAAUGGCGUCCAGCUCGUCUCUCCCAGAGGAGGAUCUCUCCUGUCCUGUGUGCUGUGACAUCUUUAACGAUCCUGUUGUCCUGUCAUGUAGCCACAGCUUCUGUAAAGCCUGUCUGCAGGAAUACUGGAAACAGAGAGAAUCACGGGAAUGUCCACUCUGUAGGAGAAGAUCUUCCAGACCAGAUCCACCAUGUAGCCAGGUUCUGAAGAACCUGUGUGAGUCCUUCUUACAGGAGAGACGUCAGAGAGCUUCAGCAGGGUCUGAGGUGCUCUGCAGUCUGCACAGUGAGAAACUCAAGCUCUACUGUCUGGAUGAUAAACAGCCAGUGUGUGUGGUGUGUCAGACCUCUAGAAAACACAAAAACCACGACUGCUGCCCCAUCGAUGAAGCUGCACAGGAUCACAAGGAGGAACUCCAGCCUGCUCUGAAGUCCUUACAGGAUCAGCUAGAGGUCUUUAAUGAAGUUAAACAAACCUGUCAUCAAACAGUAAAUCAUAAUACGGUCCAGACCCAGCACACAGAGAGGCAGAUUAAGGAGGAGUUUAAGAAGCUUCACCAGUUUCUACAAGAGGAAGAGGAGGCCAGGAUAGCUGCACUGAGGAAGGAGGAGGAGCAGAAGAGUCAGAUGAUGAAAGAAAAGAUUGAGGGGCUGAGCAGAGAGAUAUCAACACUUUCACACACAAUCAGAGCCAUAGAGGAGGAGUUGAGAGCUGAAGACAUCUCAUUCCUGCAGAACUACAAGGACACAGUGAAAAGAGCCCAGUCCACUCAGCCGGAUCCACAGCUGGUCUCAGGAGCGUUGAUAGAUGUGGCCAAACACCUGGGCAACCUGACCUUCAGAGUCUGGGAGAAGAUGCAGGACAUUGUCACAUACACUCCUGUGACUUUGGACCCCAACACUGCCCACCCACACUUCAUCCUGUCUGAGGAUCUGACCAGUGUGACAUACAGUCAGGAGAGACAGCAGCUUCCUGACAACCCAGAGAGGUUUGAUCACUAUGGAUGGGUCCGGGGCUCUGAGGGCUUUAACUCAGGGACACACAGCUGGGAUGUUAAGGUUGGAGAUAGUACAGGCUGGUACCUGGGUGUGAUAGCAGAGUCUGUCCAGAGGAAGGGAGUCUCAUGGGUUGGAGACAGGGGGAUCUGGUUCUACCAUGGUGAAUACAGAAAAGAAUCCUCAUCAGGUAUAGCCACUGUUCUCACAGUGAGACAGAAAGCCCAGAGGAUCAGAUUGCAGCUGGACUGGGACAGAGGAAAGCUGUCAUUCUCUGACCCUGAUAGAAACACACACCUGCACACAAUCACACACACCUUCACCGAGAGAGUUUUACCAUUCAUUUGUAAUCACUGCAAACUGCACUCUCUGAGGAUCUUACCAGUGAAGGCCUCUGUAGCAGUAGAACAGCACAGUCAUUAGAGCUGGUACCACCUCUAUCUGGAACAGUACAACAGAACAUUGGGUGUGUUUACAACCUUCCUGUCAUGAAGGAAAACAACCUCGAACAUGAGCAUCCAUGUACAUAGAACAAAGAUCAAUAGGAGUGAUCAUAUUUUAGGUAGAAUUAUGCUCUUCGCGUUUGACAGUAUAUAUCAGAAGUCAGGAGUAUUUUAGCAUGCAGGACUAAAUAUGCAUAACACCUGUUUAUGCUGUAAUGUGCAUGUACACUAUGAUAAAACAAUUGUAUCUUUUUUCUACAAAUAUUUGCCAAAACAUUUGCUUAGUCACCUUAUUUAAUUGUGAUACUUGUACACUGCUGUUCAUGAAUGUUGACUGUACUAAGCUUUAGUUUCUUUGAGCUCAUAAAAUUUAAUCUAUGAAAUUAUGUGAUAGUUUACAUUGUUUGUCAUCUCUCACGUUCUCCCGAGUUUGAUUCAUACAAUUCACUGUUUUACCUCUUGAGGGAGGAAGAGCACAUCAGAUUCUUUCAACCUUGUUGAACCACUUUAGAAACGGUACAAAACUCCAAUGUUGAUCAAGCAUCACAUUCAAAACUGUAGGGUGGGCAUGUUCAAACAACUUCAUUACAAUACAGAAAAUCCCAACAAUAUAAAUCAGAGGUAAAACAACACAUGAUCAAAGGUCAGCACUCCAAAAUAUCAUACAUUUGCCGUGAGUCUCACGCAUUUUAACAAUAUCUCACAGUCUCACGUGUGACGGACAACUAACUCGUCCGCACAGUGACACCACAACCUGGACAGGUUCACCUGUUAUGCAUGUUCACAUCCAGAUGGACCUUAACACUUUUCUUUUUUCAUGUUAACAUUACAAAUGACACAUAGACCUUUGUUGUAUCAUAUCACAUCCAUUUCUUUACUGACUUUGAUCUGCAGAUCUACCUUCCUUGGUUGGCUGAAUGACCGGUCAUGACUGCAGCAUGGCAGUGGUGUAUCCCUUCAGGUCGCUGUGCUGCUGUUCUAGAAGGAGCGCUGUGUGUUUGUUUAUGCUGGGAGUCUGGCUAGUCUGACAGACCCGCUAAGGGGAUGUAGAGUUGAGACAGGGAACUUCACUGUGUUCACCACAGUUGUAGUGUCGUUAGUUAAAUAGGUGAGAGAAGCUCAUCUAGAUGUCAUGAUUGUUUGUCUAGCACAUGGUAGGAUGUUGUUGUCAUUUCUAGAUGUAAGUCAAAGGAGUCAGGACUCCCACUAGAAGGGGGAUAAUGACCAUAAACAGGUUCACUGAAUCAAGUGUGCCCUGAGGUCUUGUUGUAUUCAGGGAAAGACUAGCAGCCAUCUUGGAUGAUUUUAACUUUGUUUUUAGCAGUAAUGUACUGUGAUUUAUGUAUUUGCAUCGGUAAUGACGAAUAAAUAUGACACAUUGCAAAUU